AUUCCUAGGGUUGACUCACCAAAAAACAGAGCCGACAAACAAAAGAAUUGAGAAACAGAUCUAUCAAUAAUCAAUAAGCUAUGGUGGGAUUGUCUUUUCGUAUAGCUGCCGUGAAAGGUUUGAGGAAGAAGAAGAUGAAACGGAAUAGAAGAAAACUUUCCAAGCCCGAUUCAAAACAUGUCGCCGUCGUCAUUCCGGAGCUCCCUGUGGAUGUGUUGAUGCAGAUCCUGGCGAGAUUGCCGGCGAAUUUAUUGAUGAGGUUCAAGUGCGUCUCAAAGCUCUGGUCUUCCAUGAUCUCAUCUCCUUAUUUUGCUAAUCUUUUCCGCAAAACUCCAUCGCUCCUACGUCAACGGCGUUUGUAUCUAGUGGACCAAGAUGCCCAAGGCAACUACACAUUGUGCUCAACAUUGUCUGAUAAAUAUCCUAGUAAAGUCUACCGAUUCGACCAUGUGACCAUACCAGGAAUGGGAGGACACGUGACCAUACAGGGAAUGGGAGGAGGGUGCUUCGUGAACGCUCUUAGGGGAUUGAUGUGUUCCAGAAUAGGGACAAGAGUGCGGAUCUGUAACCUCACAACGAAGCAGCAGGUGGAGUUGCCAUUAGUUGUAUCGAGCAUCACAGGAGAUGACUCCAGUAUGUGGAACCACUUUGGAUACGAUUCUAUUCAGGAGGAAUACAAAGUGAUUAGCCUAACUUGGGAGAUGACACAAGAAAGAGUUGUGAGAUCCGACCAUCACGUGUUGGUACUUGGCCCUGGAGCUUCUUGGAGGAGAAUCACCCAAAGUUUCCCACCUCAUCGUCCUUACUCUCAAGGUAUCUCUAUUGACCGCCAUUUGUAUUAUGGGGCCUGGACGGGUGAUAAUACAUGUGUUGUUGUGAGUUUUGACAUGCGGUCCGAGACGUUCAAUUUGAUUAAAUUACCUGUUGAAGCUGGCAUCGUCUGGGACACGCGUGCCACUAAUCUCAUGAAUUAUAGAGGAAAACUUGCUGUCUUUGACUACUCCUGUCUCGAGAGGCAAGAUAGGAUGGAUCUGUGGGUUUUUGAAGACGAUAGUCAAUGUUGGACUAAGAAGACUUUUGCUCUGCCUAUCUCAAACCUCUAUAUUGUCUCCGUGGGUGACUUGUUCGUCCAAGGUACCAGCCGUGAGGGUAUGAUUAGAUGCUUCAUACAGAAUGACGCAGUAGUGUCACAAAAUAUGAUUUACGAUCUGGAGGCUGGUAACUUCAUUGAAGGGUUUCUAUCAGUCAUAUUACCCAGACGCCCGUCUUUGCCUACCAGUUAUUUUUGGGAUGAUUUUGAGAGCAUUAUGUAUUUGGAAGCCUAAGAGUUACCUCAGUUGGUUAAUUUACAUACUUUUUUAUAUAAAUAAUGAUGAUCUAUAAUCUUCAUCA